UUGCAAAACAUAACGCGAACUCGCACAGCUUCAUUGAGAGAGAGAGAGAGAGAGAGAGAGAGUGCGAAAGGCGGUCGAAGCCCUAAGAUUCUCUCUCUCGCUCUCUUCUAAUCAUUGUCUUUACACAGGGAUCUAAUCCCCUCAAUUUCUCAAUUCAACUUACGAAUUUCAUCACAGCCAAACCUUCAGAAAGAAAAAUGCACAAGUUAACUAGAGGUAACCGUGACAAAGUUCAGCAGUUCAUGACGAUAACUGGGGCAAGUGAGAAAGCUGCCUUACAGGCUUUGAAGGCCAGUGACUGGCAUCUUGAAGGAGCAUUUGAUGUGUUCUACAGCCAUCCCCAGAUAAAAACAUUCACUGAUUCUAGACAUCUGGAAGAGCUUUACAACAGAUAUAAAGAUCCUUAUGUUGAUAUGAUACUGGUUGAUGGCAUUACUCUUCUUUGCAAUGACCUCCAGGUGGAUCCUCAAGAUAUAGUUAUGCUAGUUGUUUCAUGGCACAUGAAGGCUGCUACCAUGUGUGAAUUCUCUAAGCAGGAAUUCAUAGGUGGACUACAAGCACUAGGGAUAGAUUCUUUGGAGAAGUUCCGUGAAAGGAUACCAUUCAUGCGAUCUGAGCUGAAAGAUGAACAAAAGUUCCGCGAGAUAUACAACUUCGCUUUUGGCUGGGCAAAAGAAAAGGGUCAAAAAUCUUUGGCAUUGGAUACAGCUAUUGGUAUGUGGCAACUACUGUUUGCUGAAAAGCAGUGGCCAUUGGUCGAUCACUGGUGCCAGUUCUUACAGGCUCGGCAUAACAAAGCAAUCUCUAGGGACACAUGGUCUCAACUGUUGGAAUUCACCAGGACAGUGGAUCCUGUGCUAUCUAAUUAUGAUGCUGAGGGGGCCUGGCCCUAUCUAAUUGAUGAGUUUGUCGAUUACUUGAAUGAGAACGGAAUUAUUCAAACGAUGGGUCAUCAAUCGGGUGAUUGGAGCCUAAAACAAUGACCGACCGCCAGAAUGCAGAAUUCGGGGAUGUGGGUUGAUUUUUUAUUAAGCUUUUGACUUUCUUUUUUCUUUCUGAAAGAAAAUAAGACUAGAACAAUCUAUAUUUGACAAACUUUUGCAGCUAGUGGGGAUUGUUCAUAUGGCAUAAGACUUUGUUGUGAUAUAAAUAACAUACCCUUGCAUUCGUGAAAA